AUGUUUUCCCCAAAUAAAAAAGCCCCGAUGAGCCCGCGCACAGCGGCGCCCUUGAAAGGGCUUUUUCAAGAAGGCAUGUGGAUGUGCAACUGCCCCGAACGUCUGCCCGCAGCCAAACGAGAGACCAAGAAGCCCGGCAAGAACCAAGGACGAUUCUUCUGGACCUGCCAGAAACCUCCAGGGAAACAGUGUGGCUUCUUCCUCUGGGCCGAUGAGGCCGCGGUCCGCGAGAAUGAAACCCUCCUCUCCAACUCUCGCUCAGAGCCUGAAUACCGCGAUUCAAUAUACCGCACACCAUCCAAGAACUUAUACCGCAUAGGCAUUGGCCUGUUGACCCCCCAGACCGAGCGCAGAGUGACAGACGUCCAGCCCCGCCAGUUCAAGACACCGCCAAAGAGCGCAAAGGCACGGAUGAUGGCAGAAGAUACGGAUGAAUUCGGAUGGCACGACGACUCAGAUGAUAAUGAAGCGUUCAGUGAGGUGCUACAGUCAAGCCAGGCAACUGAACCGAUCUUGUCACAACCCAACUUCAACCCCGAAUCACCAUACAAAGCGGCCCGCACUUCGGUGAUGACUUCACCAGGCAAGCGCAAGCUAUUCGAGUAUGCACACGACGAUUCCAGCAGUAACAUUUCUCCACUUGCAACGCCCUCUUCCUCUCGCUCAAGCCGAUUUCCUCCGUCUUCGGCAGAGCUGUGCAUGACGCCAACGCCCAGCAAGUACCGCAAUGUCCUAAGCGCAGACUCAAAGUCGGACAUGUCGGAUUUGGCGAAACAAGCUACUGCUGUUUUGGACAAGCAUGACGUCGUACUGCCCAACAAAGCGCGCGACGAACUUCUAGAACUACUCAACAUUCAUGACUUGAAGUUGAGCGGUGCAAUGAAGGGGCGGGAUGCUGUGCGAAUGGCCCUCGAGAAAGAGAAGUACAACCGUAAGGAAGAGGAGCUGCGUUUGAGAGAGGAAAUUGUGAAGUUGAAAGAGCAGAACAUGAAUCUUGAGGCGCAUAGGGCGAUGCAUCAGACUUUCAUUGAUUCCAUGAAGGAAUGA